GGUGCAGUGGGAGUGUGUUUGUGAGGGAGGGUUGAUGAUGAUGAGGAGGAGGGUGUGGGACCCGGAUGUUGAUGCGAGGAACCAGAACGGAGAAAAUAACGCAAAUAAACGGUCAAGACAGGCAAAAUAUCAGCGAUCAGAGCGCAACAUAUCGGUCACCAUCAAAAACAUCUUCCUCAAAAAGUGUUCAGCGGAUGAGAGCGUGCGUGCGCGCGACCCGCGAGAGAGGACACACGGCGGAGACGCGAACGAUGAGGAUGCUGCGGUCCGUGCGGCAGGAUGGAGCUCAGCAUCAGCAUCAGCAGCAGAGAUGAAACAGAUCUGCCAGAUCCGCUGCAGUGAUGCGAGAGGACGCAGAGCGACCUGGAUCUCCUUACAGUCACAUACGCCAUCGGACUGCUCUUUUAGCUUGUCUUGCUGAAUGUGAAACGCGAAUAGAUUUACCUGUUUGUUUGUUUAUUAUUCAACUGUAAGAUUCGGGCUCCUUUAUUCUGGCUCCUUUAGGCCUAGCACAAGUGUACUGAAGGCUCUUAAUAUUUCACAGUUAGGAGGAGUUUCUAAAUGGUGUUUUUGAGAUGAGGUGAUGGCCAGCUGGUAGAUGCAUCUAGAAACAGGAGCUUAGUAACAGGACCUGGCUUUCUGUAAUGACAUGUACUGGGAACAAAAAGUCUGAUCGAUUGAGAAGGGUGACUUUAAUUGGUAAAGCUAUGAAUUAGACUCAAAUAGAUUUGAAACAAUAAACAGGCCCAUAUGACAGAUUCUAGGGAACCCCGAGCUCAGCAUGGAUAUAUUGCCGGGUUGUUGCAGACCCUUGGGAGACUAUUUUAGAAAAACUCAACUCAGAAACGAUACGCUGUGAAAAUAUUGCAUGCAGUAGCAGGUUUAACAGGAGCCAGGCCGCCACUAUGUCUAAGGAACUGUCAGUGACCCAGGCAGCUCAGUAUGUGGGGCCGUAUAGACUAGAGAAGACUCUCGGGAAAGGCCAGACAGGUCUGGUGAAGCUCGGGAUUCACUGCAUCACUGGUCAAAAAGUAGCCAUCAAAAUAGUCAACAGAGAAAAACUCUCCGAAUCUGUGUUGAUGAAGGUGGAGAGAGAAAUUGCUAUUUUAAAACUGAUUGAACAUCCACAUGUGUUGAAACUCCAUGAUGUUUAUGAGAAUAACAAAUACCUAUAUUUGGUACUGGAGCAUGUUUCAGGAGGAGAGCUGUUUGACUAUUUGGUGAAGAAAGGCAGACUGACGCCUAAAGAGGCACGAAAGUUCUUCAGACAAAUCAUAUCUGCUUUGGACUUCUGUCAUAGUCACUCUAUAUGUCAUAGAGACCUGAAGCCAGAAAACCUCCUGCUGGAUGAGAGGAACAAUAUCAGGAUUGCAGACUUUGGCAUGGCCUCACUACAGGUGGGAGACAGUAUGCUAGAGACAAGCUGUGGAUCUCCUCAUUAUGCAUGUCCAGAGGUUAUCAGGGGUGAGAAAUAUGAUGGUCGACGGGCUGAUGUUUGGAGCUGUGGAGUCAUUCUCUUCGCUCUGCUAGUGGGCGCGCUGCCCUUCGACCACGAUAACCUGCGGCAGCUGUUGGAGAAGGUGAAGAGUGGAGUGUUCCACAUGCCCCAUUUCAUCCCACCCGAGUGCCAGGCUCUGCUGCGGGGCAUGAUCGAGGUCAACCCUGAAAAAAGAGUCACGCUAGAGGCCAUCCAGAAACACGCUUGGUAUCAAGCUGGGCGCAGUGAGCCGUGUCUGGAGCUGCCGCCCCCGAGGCGCGUGAGCAUGGGACGGAUCAUGUCUCUGACAGAGCUGGACCCAGAUGUGCUGGACAGCAUGUAUUCUCUGGGCUGUUUCAGGGACCGCGUUAAACUGGCCCAGGACCUGCAGUGUGAAGAAGAUAACCAAGAGAAGAUGAUCUACUAUCUCCUGUUAGACCGUAAAGAGCGCUAUCCUAGCCAUGAGGAUGAGGAUCUUCCUCCCAGAAAUGACAUUGACCCUCCACGGAAGCGUGUAGACUCACCGAUGUUGACCCGUCACGGCCGCUGCCGGCCAGAGAGGAAGAGUCUGGAGGUGCUGAGUGUGACGGAGCAGGGCUCUCCCACACCCCCACGCAGAGCACUGGACACCUCACACAGCCAAAGAUCUCGAUCUGUAAGUGGAGCAUCAACAGGCCUCUCGUCUAGUCCUCUAAGUAGUCCCAGGAGCCCUGUCUUUACCUUCAGCAAGGCGGAGGUAGUUGCCGCCACCAAAGCAGGAAGCGGCAGCACCUCUGCUCGUCCCAACCGAUCGCAUGAACCCAAAACGCAAACGCUUCCAUCUAAAAAUGCACCCGAACGCCCCCAACUCCAGUCCAUGAAGUCCCUCCCCCUGCCCUCCUCCUCCCGCUCUCCAUCCCCUUCUCCCCUCUUGUCACCCAUUCCCCGUUUCCUCUUCUUUCCUUCUCCAUCUGCGGUGCUGAAGUCGGUGACUAAAAGCCUGUAUCCCAUGUCUCAGGUCACCCCUCAGGGCUCUCCCCUGCCUACCCCGCUGGGUACCCCUGUGCAUCACCCCCACCCCCCCACCGCUACCCCACCCUCUUCCUCCUCUUCCUCUUCUUCCUCCCGAGCCGAGGGAGGAAGUGUGGGCGUGGGCUCACUCUCCUUGACCCCACCCUCUAGUCCAGGGGGAGGAGCCAGCAUGGCUGCCAGUAGCUCCGCCCACUGGAGGACACGCCUCAACUCGUUAAAGAACAACCUGUUGGGGUCGCCGCGGUUCCACCGCCGCAAGCUGCAGGUGCCAGCCUCAGAAGACAUGUCCAGUUUAACACCAGAAUCAAGCCCAGAGCUGGCUAAAAGGUCCUGGUUUGGGAAUUUCAUCAGUCUGGAGAAAGAAGAGCAGAUUUUUUUGGUCAUCAGAGACAAACCUCUUAGCUCUAUUAAAGCGGAUAUCGUCCAUGCCUUCCUCUCUAUUCCCUCCCUCAGUCACAGCGUAAUCUCUCAGACCAGUUUCCGAGCAGAGUAUAAGUCAUCUGGAGGUGCGUCUGUCUUCCAGAAACCCGUCAGAUUCCAUGUAGACAUUUCCUUUUCUGAGGGGGAACGAGAGCGAGAGCGGGAGCGGGAGCGGGAGAGAGACAGGGAUGGACAGAAGGAUUACGGAAUCUACAGUGUAACGUUCAGCCUCAUAUCAGGCCCAAGUCGCAGAUUUAGACGAGUUGUUGAAACAAUUCAAGCCCAGUUGCUCGGUGCUCAUGAUCAGCCCAUGGUGCAAACUCUUUCAGAUGAGAAGAACAGUCGCCCUCCUAGAACACCAACUAGACAGAACUCUCGGCGCUCAGAGGGCGGAGCCGACCGCUGCGAGUGGGUGGAGCGUGGAGAGGGCGGGGUUUUACUCCAGCGCAGGGGGUCGGGCAGAGAAAGAACCCGCCUACUUUCCUCCAGUGGAACACAAUCACAGCCCUGAGCUGGAAAUAUUGUGAAUAAUCAGCAAUCCAUCAAGACGAUAGCCAUGAUGUGAGACUAAACUAAACGUUCCUUCUCCCCUUGUCACCUCAGAACAUCAUGAUGGUAAAAUGUGUAUUUAAAGGAGCUUUUUGAAAGUCUAAUACUGAUAUGAAACCAAAUACUGAUAGACAUUGUGCAAGAACAUGGGAUGCAACGAAGCAAGAACCGCCUCCAUUUUAUGAUAAUACAACAAGGAACACCUCCAACCUUUCUUCUGAAACGUAUUUAAUUUGUCAUCCCGGACAAUGCUUUGAAUCGUGCUGUAUGUUCUCUCAUGUGAUUUGGAUGUAAAUGUGCAGAACUUGAGUUGAUAAUGACAUUCAUGAAAGGAAAGGUUUCAGUUGGGGGUAGCACACCAUCUGUUCCACAUGCCUGGUCUCAGCGAUCCAGUAAUUAUAGCAACAGAGUCUGAAUUUGUAUCCUCCGAAAAUCAUGUUUUAAAGAAAAUAUCUAGAGAUCCAGAUCCAGAAGCUAUUAGCACCAAGAGUCUGCUCAGACGUAUGCAAUAAAAAUCAAUAAGCUACAAAAGAUUCAGUUUAACAAAGCUGCACAUGCUGAAUCUUUUAAAACAUGAUUACCUCGUUGAGCGGACAGACUCAUGAUGAUUUUAUGACCGUAAAUAAAUUGCUCACCAGCCCUGCUUUAUUAGCUAUACACAACUUCAUUUUCACGCUCCAUAGAAAUGCUGCAUGCUAAAUAACGUCCAGCGUCAACCCCAAUGACUGAUCCUGAUUGUAAAACAUUGCUGCGUGCGUUUACACAUCCAAAUCUGGCCUCGAUUCACUCUUUUGGCAAGAGUUCAAAUAUAAAGUUUCCUUUUUAGAUGCCAAAGGGAACGAGAAUCUUUCCAAAAUGUGAAAGGAUGUUUAUACCCGAUUCUCUGUUGCUGCAAGACGUUUGGUUGAAGCCAACCAAGUGAAUGUCAUUGACUAUUUUAUUUGUGAAUUUUAGUUUAUUGAAAACUAUUUAUUUGAACAUUACUCCCGGUGAUUGAAAAACAAUUGGCCAUUAGGUGUACAUAUCCAUAUUUAAGAAAGAAUAGAAUGUCUGAGGUACAAAACAAUACAUAUUUCGGGGGAAUUGCAACAUAAUCUACGGCAAAGGUCACUUUUCGUUUAAACAAGCAAACAUAUGCUUUUGACUUGUGUCUUAAAUAUAUUUUUAAUUUAAAUCGCUAAAUAUAUAUAUUUAAAAAAUACUCUUUAGCAUCACUGAACGGAAAUGCAAAAAUAAUUACAAGAUUUCCUGAGCCCGCCCCCAAAUCUGUCAGUCAAACAGAUAGCCACGCCCCAAACUCACACCAUUGGUUGCUUAUUAAUUCACAUUUUCCCUAUAUAAACUCUUGGUUAUUUGUAAUUUAUUUUUUAAGCAUUUGUGGUUCCAUGAAGAACUCUUAACAUCCAUGGAUCAUUCCACAAAAGGUUCUUUAGAUAAUUAAAAUGCUUUUCACACUAAGAAAAAAAAAAAGGUUCUCUAAUCACAGCAAAAACCACUUCAUUUCUGAAGAAUAAAGCUGGGAUAGAAGCAAAUAUUUCAAAUUCCCCCCCAAAAUCACACUCUUCACUUUAUGAAGAAAGCAUUAUUGUAGAAAAGAAGUCUCCCUUGCUUGUACGCCUGCACACAGUAUUACCGUAAUGACAAAAAAGAAAGACUUCCUCUGGACAUUAUCUGAUGAGGAAAAUAUGCUGUACCUUGUGACCCAAAGAGGAAACUGAAAUGGUAUUUGAAACAAAAUAAGCCAUUGUCUAGGCCACGGACCUUGCUCAUAACAUCACAAAAUAUGUACAUUCACAACAAUUUGUCUUCGGUUAUGAUUAUGAUACAGUAUACAAUAUGAAACUGGUCUCUUUGUACAGCACUGCUUUGUCAUUGGGCUUCCGUGCAGCGGUUAUGCAACCGAUCCAGCAUAAUAUAUCUGAAAGAGAGACACUCUCUCUGUAUAAAUGGCUUUUCUGCACAACAGUUGUCACGAAUCUUGUAAAUGUGAUCCAAUUUUGUGUGUCUCUGUGAAUUUUAAGUUGUGUGUCUGUGUGUCAGCUCACUCUCUUUUCCAUUUAUUUAUUGUAUGGAACUCAGUUGGGACUAAAAGGCUCAUUAUAUCAUGUGACAGAUGUACCAUCAUAUCUUAUCAUAUCUAUAAUAUACAUACAGUCUAAGCAAGGUAUGCAGUUUUGGGGAAGCACAUAAUGAUCGUUAAAAACUGACCAGUUCAAAUCUAAGGAAAGCACUCUCCAUUAAUGCUGCAAAAAUGAAUAGCAUUAUGUGUAUUAUAUUUUUUGCAUCAGGUAAUGGUUCAAAUAUGGAUGUGAACAACUGUUUGGACAUAUCAUAACUUGUAUUGUCUAAGCUGGCUAUCAGUUGGUUAACAUCAGUAUCUAAAUAUUUUUAGAAAUAACAACAGAACAAAAUGACUUACGAACAGCAUUGCCAAUGCAAUAUUGAUUUUAUUUCUUCUUCAUGUUAAGUCUGGCCAGGUUUCAUUUAUUCUUCAAUUUAUGUAUGUAUGCGUGCAAUGUGUUUCCGAACCCCUCAACAGAAUUUGAACUAUAUUAGUGUGAAUAUACUGUAUGUUGACAUCUCAUUUGCUGAGAGUGAAUGGAUCAUGAUCGUGCAUCUGGAAGUUUGUGCACAGUGUGUGUUCACAACGCACAGAGAGUCACACGGUUAUAUGGGCGAGUGCUCUGCAUGUCAGAACACAUUGUUCUUUGUUUAUCUGCUUUGAAAGUAAACAUCUGUGUGUAUGGAUGAGAAGUUAGAAUGCAUCAUGCUAUUGUGCACAUAUGUGUGUGUGUGUGUGUGUGUGUGUGUGUGGGAGAGAAGGAAUCAAAAUGGAUUCAGGAUGGUCUAUGUAAUCAGUUUGAUAGGCGUCAAUAAAAAUAACCAACAAGGUUUACAAAGUCAAAA